AUGCGCGCCUGGGGCCCGGCGUGGCUGCUGGGGUGCGCAACCCUGCUAGCCGCUGCCGUCGCCUCUUCUUCCUCGCCUGCUACCUUGUUUCCAGGAGGCAACAAAACCAAAGGGAGAAGUCUUAUUGGUCAUAAGAUCCCCUCAACAAAUACCUCAUCCAGUGGGAAUGGAGAAGUUUCGACAGAGUCAGGAUUCUCUGUGGAUCCGGUUUCUGCUAAGAUUCUCACUGGAGGGCUGACUACUGUCUUCCUUCCAAUUGUCUAUAUAAUUGUAUUUAUUGUUGGCUUGCCAAGCAAUGGCAUGGCUCUGUGGGUCUUUGUUUUCCGAACACAAAAGAAACACCCUGCUGUGAUUUACAUGGCCAACUUAGCCUUGGCAGAUCUCUUAUCUGUAAUCUGGUUUCCCUUGAAGAUUGCCUAUCAUUUGAAUGGCAACAACUGGAUUUAUGGGGAAACUCUGUGCAAGGUGUUGAUUGGCUUUUUCUAUGGCAACAUGUACUGUUCCAUUCUCUUCAUGACUUGCCUCAGUGUGCAGAGGUACUGGGUUAUCGUGAAUCCCAUUGUGCGGUCUAAGAAGUUGUCUAACAUUGCCGUAGCGGUUUCCAUUGGAAUAUGGCUGCUGAUUCUGUUGGUGACCAUUCCUCUGUAUGUUGUGAGGCAAACUGUCUAUAUUCCAGACCUUAACAUCACAACGUGCCAUGAUGUUUUGCCUGAAGAUGUGCUGGCUGGAGAUAUGUUCAAUUACUUCCUCUCUCUGGCCAUUGGCGUCUUCCUGUUCCCAGCUUGUCUCACGGCCUCUGUCUACAUCCUAAUGAUCCGGACACUCCGUUCUUCUGCUAUGGAUGAUUCUGGAAAGAAGAGGAGGAGAGCCAUCAAACUCAUCAUCACUGUAUUGGCCACGUACCUGAUCUGUUUCAUGCCCAGUAACACGUUGCUCGUGGUGCAUUAUUUCCUGAUAAGAAACAGAAGCCAAAGCCAUGUCUAUGCUUUGUACAUAGUAGCUCUCUGUCUCUCUACUCUUAACAGUUGUAUUGAUCCCUUUGUCUAUUACUUUAUUUCUCAAGAUUUUAGGGAUCAUGCCAAGAACACUCUUCUUUGUCGAAGUGUUCGGACUGUGAAUAGAAUGCAAGUGUCCCUCACUUCCAAGAAAUUUUCUCGGAAAUCCAGCUCCUACUCAUCUAGUUCAACCAGUGUUAAGGCCUCUUACUGA